UUGGUAGUUGUUGCUGUUGACCUCCGCAUGUCCUGCUGAAUUAUCAAGUUAAAUCUGAAGUAGUUAAUGAUUUAGAGCGGUUUUGGAAACUAUGAGAGGAUAAUAGGGGAAAAUGUCUUUAUCUCUAAUAGGACGUCGUUUAUGUGCCAGUUUCUGGGAACAGUGUGGGAAAUGGAGCAGACUUCAGCCCGUAUCCAAAAGGUUUGUGUUCUCCAGCCACCAGAUCCACUGCUCUCCAUUUUUCACGAAAGCUUGGCGUUGCCCUCUGGCUCCCAGAUACGCCGCAGGUUCUCUUAUCCGAGCCGAAUCGCUCCACUCUUCAUCACAGAGACUGAAGAAACGGCAGCCGGAGGAACCUCCUCCACGAGAACUCGACUUGCUUCGUUAUGAUCUGAAGGUUCUGAAGAACGCCCCCAAACCGGCGCUGUAUCUGGGAUUUUCCGGUCUUGUACCAUUUGUAUCGGCUCCAUUAUUCAUGGCUAUCACAGAGACGUACGUUCCUGAAUUAGCUUACGCUCAAGUUGUGUACGGAGCCUCGAUCGUUUCCUUUCUCGGCGGCGCUCGUUGGGGCUUCGCCUUACCCGAGGGCAGCCCAGCAAAACCCGACUGGCUGAAUCUCGCCAACAGUGUCGUUCCCGCUGUGAUAUCAUGGGUAGCUCUACUGCUUAGCCACAACAUUAUCCAGUCUGGCAUGCUGGUGAUCAUGGGGCUGGGAAUAUCGCUGCAUUACGACCUGGCCUUGUUACCUACGUAUCCCAGCUGGUUCAAGGCACUGAGGACAAUCCUCACUGUAGUAGCUUUCUUCUCUUUACUCAGCACUAUAGUUCUUAAAGGAUUCUUUCCCGAGAAGAGAUAUCUCACCCAGGAAUGAGUUCUUAUUUAUAUGCAAAUCUCAUUUUGAACUUGUAAUGUAAUACAUACUGUAUGUAAUCUAUAUACCAGCCAGAACAAGCCAGUUUCUCUUCUUGGAAAAGUAAGAAGAACUUUCUCAAUGGUUGAUUGAUUGAUUUUUUUUAAUAUAUAUAUAUAUAUAUAAAAGACAGGUGCUGACAAGAUUUUGUUUAAUUACUGAUAUUGCCACAUUACUGAUAUUGCCCCAGAAGUGAGUUCAGUUGAACACUUCAAACAUCAUCGAUCAUUCAUAUGCAUUGGUAUGAGCGCUACUAUACGCUUUGCUGACUUAUUUUCCACAAAUAAAUGUUCAGUACUUAAACUAGUUUCCCCAUCUAUAACGUGCAAGUGUGACUAAAAUUAAGGGUUAUUUAUGAAUCUGGUCAAUAGUAUUGGAAUAAUUUUCCCCUGUAUGUGUAAUAAAAAUCUAUUGUGGAACUAAAGUUUAUUUUAAUGC